GAACCGGGUCUUCAUCUUCCUUUUAAAAUGACACGUGUCAACAUCCAUUUCUCCUUCUUCCCUUCUCUUCUCUCUCCCUCUGAUGGAACCGCACUCUGCCUAUGACAUUACCAGUGACAGGCGGUGCACACACGCUCCAAAACUAUACCAUUUUUUUUCUCUUUAAGUGAAAAAGAGAGGAAAGACUUAAAUCUUAUUCGGACCAGAAACUUCGACAUUGGUGGCGACCAUUUCGGUGACUCCUUUUCCCACACCAAAGAUAAAAGAAAGAAAGAAACCUCGGAUUUGGACCGAGCCAGUUGCAGUUUUCACCACAUGUUAGUUCCGAGAGUAAAGAUCUAGUGGUGGAGGCGGAGGUGGGGGCCCAGACAUGACUGCCGGUGAGGAUAAUCAGUUGAUCUCUGUUCAUCCCAAUGACCUCAAGUUCAUUUUUGAGCUUGAAAAGCCAAGUUUUUCUCAUCUUAAACUGGUCAACAACACAGAACACGAUGUGGCAUUUAAGGUUAAAACAACUUCACCUAAGAAGUACUUUGUGCGACCAAACACUGGUGUUGUGCAGCCUUGGGACUCAUGUGUCAUUAAAGUCACUCUCCCAGCCCAACGGGAAUAUCCUUCAGAUAUGCAAUGCAAAGACAAAUUUCUGCUACAGAGUACUAUAGUGCCUCCAAAUACUGACGUUGAUGAUCUACCAGCAGAUACUUUCAAUAGGGAAAGUGGUAAGGAGAUAGAGGAGUGCAGGCUUAAAGUUUUCUAUGUAUCUCCUUCCUCAGCUCAAGGGAAUUCAGAAGAUGAAGGUUUAAAGAGCUCCAACGAACAAAGCCCUGAUUCAAACUCUACAGUGCAGCACCUGAAGGAUGAAAGAGAUGCAGCAGUUCGGCAAACACUGCAGCUGCAACAGGAGCUGGAUUUUCUGAAGAGGAGAAGACAACGUGGGAAUGACUCUGGCUUCUCCAUCACAUUCGCAGCCUUUGUGGGCCUGAUAGGGAUAAUGGUUGGCUUUCUGUUGAAUCUUUCCUUGUCUUCACCUCCCAUGGAAUGAACGGAUGCCCUUUAUAAGUGUGGAAACCAGUAAUUUUGUCCACUUCAUUGUAUAAUGCUGAAUGUUAUGGUGGAUGGAGGGUCUGUCCACUUUUUGUAUGUUUGAUCUUCAACUUGGUCAGCUGGUUUUUCUGAAUGUA